CCCCCGCGCCGCGGCGAUGCCGGACCAGAUCUCCGUGUCGGAAUUCGUGGCCGAGACCCAUGAGGACUACAAGGCGCCCACGGCCUCGAGCUUCACCACGCGCACGGCGCAGUGCCGCAACACCGUGGCCGCCAUCGAGGAGGCUUUGGAUGUGGACCGGAUGGUUCUUUACAAAAUGAAGAAAUCCGUGAAGGCAAUAAAUAUCUCCGGGCUGGCGCAUGUGGAGAACGAGGAGCAGUACACCCAAGCCCUGGAGAAGUUUGGUGGCAACUGCGUGUGCAGAGAUGACCCGGACCUGGGAAGUGCUUUCCUGAAGUUCUCCGUCUUUACCAAGGAGCUGACCGCGCUCUUUAAAAACCUGAUCCAGAACAUGAACAACAUCAUCUCCUUCCCGCUGGACAGCUUGCUGAAGGGGGACCUGAAAGGCGUGAAGGGGGAUCUCAAAAAGCCUUUUGAUAAAGCUUGGAAGGACUAUGAAACAAAAAUAACCAAGAUAGAGAAGGAGAAGAAGGAGCACGCCAAGCUGCACGGCAUGAUCCGCACGGAGAUCAGCGGGGCCGAGAUCGCCGAGGAGAUGGAGAAGGAGCGUCGCUUCUUCCAGCUGCAGAUGUGCGAGUAUUUGCUGAAGGUCAAUGAAAUAAAGAUUAAAAAGGGAGUGGACUUACUGCAGAAUCUCAUCAAAUAUUUUCACGCCCAAUGCAAUUUUUUCCAGGAUGGACUGAAAGCAGUAGAAAGCCUCAAGCCUUCCAUUGAAACCCUCUCCACUGACCUCCACACGAUCAAACAGGCCCAGGAUGAAGAAAGAAGGCAGCUGAUUCAGCUUCGAGACAUUCUCAAGUCAGCGUUGCAGGUUGAACAGAAAGAGGACUCACAACUCCGCCAGAGCGCAGCCUAUAGCUUGCAUCAGCCUCAGGGAAACAAGGAGCAUGGGACCGAGCGCAACGGGAACCUCUACAAGAAGAGUGACGGGAUCCGAAAGGUGUGGCAGAAGAGGAAAUGCUCUGUGAAGAACGGCUUUCUGACCAUAUCCCACGGCACGGCUAACCGGCCUCCUGCAAAGCUCAACCUGUUAACCUGCCAGGUGAAGACUAACCCAGAGGAGAAGAAGUGUUUUGAUCUUAUUUCACAUGACAGGACGUACCACUUCCAGGCCGAGGACGAGCAAGAAUGUCAAAUCUGGAUGUCUGUGCUGCAGAACAGCAAAGAAGAAGCUUUAAACAAUGCAUUUAAGGGAGAUGACAACACUGGAGAAAACAACAUCGUCCAGGAACUGACCAAGGAGAUCAUCUCUGAAGUGCAGCGGAUGUCGGGCAAUGAUGUGUGCUGCGACUGCGGGGCGCCAGAUCCUACCUGGCUGUCGACCAACCUGGGCAUUCUGACCUGCAUCGAAUGUUCCGGCAUCCACCGAGAGCUGGGUGUGCACUACUCCAGGAUGCAGUCCCUGACGCUGGAUGUUUUAGGGACAUCUGAGCUGCUGCUGGCCAAGAACAUUGGGAAUGCGGGCUUCAACGAGAUCAUGGAGAGCUGCCUUCCAGCAGAGGACUCGGUCAAACCCAACCCCGGCAGCGACAUGAACGCGAGAAAGGACUACAUCACCGCCAAGUACAUGGAGAGGAAGUACGCCAGGAAGAGGCACGCGGACCACGCGGCCAAGCUGCACGGCCUCUGCGAGGCUGUCAAGAUGAGAGACGUGUUCGGGUUGCUCCAGGCAUAUGCCGACGGCGUGGACCUGACGGAAAAGAUCCCCCUGGCCAACGGACACGAGCCAGAUGAAACAGCCCUGCAUCUCGCUGUCAGAUCCGUGGACCGGACUUCCCUUCACAUCGUUGACUUUUUGGUUCAGAACAGUGGGAACCUGGACAAGCAGACGGGGAGGGGCAGCACGGCCCUGCACUACUGCUGCCUGACCGCCAACGCCGAGUGCCUGAAGCUCCUGCUGCGGGGCAAGGCCACCAUCGAGAUAGCCAACGAGUCGGGGGAGACGCCGCUGGACAUCGCCAAGCGCCUGCGGCACGAGCACUGUGAGGAGCUGCUGACCCAAGCCCUGUCGGGGAGGUUCAAUUCCCAUGUCCACGUGGAGUACGAGUGGCGGCUGCUCCAGGAGGACCUGGACGAGAGCGACGACGAUGUGGAGGAGAAGCUGCAGCCCAGCCCCAGCCGGCGAGAAGACCGGCCCGUCAGCUUCUACCAGCUAGGGGCCAGCCAGCCUCCGUCCAACGCUGCGUCCUUGGCCAGAGACCCCGCCGGCCUGGCCAAGGACAAGCAGAGGAGUUUCGCGCCCAGCCUGCUGCAGAACGAGACGUACGGGGCUGUCCUAAGCGGCAGCCCGCCCCCCGGCCAGCCCGCGGCCUCCGGCGCCCCCCCGCUGCCCCCACGCAAUGUCGCCAAAGUUCAAACAGCCUGCUCAGCUAACGCCGUGUGGAAGACAAACUCUGUAAGUGUGGACGGUGUAAGCAGGCAGCGAUCUUCGUCAGAUCCGCCAGCUGUCCACCCACCGCUGCCCCCUCUUCGCCUGGCAUCUACCAAUCCUCUGGCUCCCACCCCACCCCCUCCGGUGGCCAAGACACCCGGCGUGGUGGAAACCCUGAGCCAGCAGAGCAAGCCGGCCCCGCCUGGGGCUCCCCUGAGCAAAGCUGCGCCCCCGCCGCUGCCGCCCCAGCCGCCCAGCCGGCUGCCCCAGAAGAGGCCCACACCCGGGGUGGACAAGUCAGCCCCACUGAUCAACAAAGGCCAGCCCAGAGGUCCUGCAGCAGAUCCCUCGGGAACAGAAGCCCUGGGUGCUCUGUCCAACACGGUGGUCCUCCAGCCCCCGGCGCCCAUGCCCAGGAAGUCACAGACGACCAAGCUGAAGCCCAAGAGGGUGAAGGCCCUCUACAACUGCGUGGCCGACAACCCGGACGAGCUGACCUUCUCCGAGGGGGACGUGAUCGUCGUGCUCGGGGAGGAGGACCAAGAGUGGUGGAUUGGCCACAUCGACGGCGACCCCAGCCGCAAAGGCGCCUUCCCUGUGUCAUUUGUGCACUUUAUCGCGGACUGAGCCGCCGCCGGAGCCCCCUCGCCCGCGUCCCGCUCCCACCGUGCGUCGGUGCCAGACUCCGGCCAGAGCGCCGUCCCCCGCCUCUCCGCGCCCUCCUCCCCCGGUGCCGCCGCCCUUGGGGAGAACUCGGAGGCAAUUUAUAGAUACAUAUAUAAAUGGAUCAUUUUUUAUCAUUUGUGGUUUUCAUGAAACAUUGCUACACUUUAUUAGGAAAACCUGAAUGUCCCAAAGGUGAACUGAAAAGUGCUUUUUAACAAUGUGACCGAGAUCCCGAGUCUAGAAUGAGCUGCCCCUACAGUCGCCUUUGUGGCCUGGCAUAAGUUCACCCUGCCCCGGCCCCGUGCAGCGGGCAGCCUUUAUGGACGUGGUCUUAGGAAGCCAGGCUUUGGAAGUCCUUAGCAUAGUCCAGAAAGUUCUGGACGUUCUAGAGAAAAUGUUUCAGUUCACCUUUAAAGGUUUUUUUGGUUUUAAGACUGCCUUUGCUCUCCACCCAAUGUCAUUUCCAGCAAUCUCCAGACGUGCGGGAGGCUCCAGCCUCCGCGGUGCCCCGCAUGCUCCCAGCCUCUUGCGAAUCCUCCUUCACAACACCACACGGCGGCGGUUCCUGACGCCCAGGGCGACUGCCGUGCGCUUGGCCCACGCCCACUCCAGCCGUGUUUCACGAAUUUGGUUUCAAACUAAAGAUAAUAGAUUAUGAAGCAUUUCUCUCAGCUAGUUUUUAUACAUUAGGUGUUUUGGAAUUUGCCUUCUAGAACUUCCUUAAUCACUCAGAAAGUUGUGCACAGCUUGAGCCCUGGCCACGCGCUGUUAACACUCCCUCGCUGCUCACCAUGAAGUGUGCCACUGCCUGCCCGUUCUAGCUCCUGAGAAUGUGUGACUCAGUUUAGUGUCUUGUGUUUAUAUAAUAUGCCAACAGGAAUGGUAGUUACACUGUCUUGAUGUUUAAUCUGUCGUUUGUUCAUAAUCCAGAAUGUAUCCAAAAUCCGUAGGUCCCCAGGUGAAAAAACACUCCCCAGUACCCCGGUUUUGCUAUUUAAGUACAGCAUAUUGUUCAGAAAUUUAAACUAUGGGGGGUGGGAGGCUCGGUCAUGUGUGCUAAACUCAGAAUUCAUUAUUUCAGUGGCCUUUUUACACCCCCGUUUAGUCCCCGCAAGCCUGAUUGGUGGCCGGAGUCCUGAAAACAUUACUCUGGGAAUAAACAAGCGUGUGAUGCCCUCUUGGAUUUUACCAAAAGCAAAGGAAUAAAUUUUAGCAUAUAGGCUUGGAAAGCGAGGCCAGGCGCUUGUAUUGAGUUUAUAAUCAUGGUACAGUUGAUUGAAGCAGCCUGUCUUUAUUAUACAAGACUUGUUAACAUAGAGUUGUGGGGGGUUUUGGUUUUUUGGGGUUUUUUUUGGUUGAUUUUUUUUGGGGGGGGCAUUGUAUUUUUUGUUACUAUUAUAGAGGAAGACAGAACAAACUGGAAUGUUUUCUGAUAUGCCGCGAUUGCUUUUGCCUUAGAAGUUCCGAGUAAAAAUGUGUUGGUUCUAUAAUUAAAGUCCUUUUUAAAGCACUACAUCUAUUUUCACUAAUUGUUCAUGUCUGCCCAAGCCCUUCACUGAGGUCAUUCUCUCAUAGACCUAGGAAAGUAAACAGAAACUUUGCAGAGGGCACCUCCUAUGUAUGAUCUACCAUAGCCCUCUUUGACUCGUAGCCAUCUUCAGCUUUGGCUACCUGGUGCCAGCUACGUAAGGAAUCACAGUGACUCAGAUCGACAUUGGAAUGUCCCAACCGAAUCUGUCAGGUUCACUGGUACAAAAUAUCUAGGAACUGUGUUUCCACUCUACAAUUUGGUGGUGCUAUUGUGCAGUCAUCAAGAUUCCUCGUGCCAGAGGAGAAAUGUUCACUUCCCUGCUAAUAGCUUUUCCUAGUUAUUUGCUCUUUGCAAAUUAAAAAAAAGGAAACUGAAAGGAAAACAUUGUAGAUACCUAUUUAUAUUUGAAGUUUAUGUUUCCUGACCUUAGCUGCAGGAUCCUGGCAUCUGGCCCUGUCCCAUCAGACCCGCUGGGGUGAGGGCCCAGGCGUGGACGCAGACAAGCCACCGAGCGGCUGUGGGGGGCGGGGGGCUGCGAGCCCCGCGGCCUGGAGCGUGCGCUGAGAUGUACGAUACUCAGUUCGGUCACUCGAUUCCUUCUGUCCAGUGGCAGCGCAACUGUAUAUACUGUAUAACCUAAAUCAAUUCUUAUUUUCAUUGUCCUUGAUGCGGUGAUUUAUAACUAGAGCAUGUUUAAUGGACUUACUCUUCCUGUUAGUCAUUUGACUGGAAAAAAAUAAAUACUUUUAAAUGGACUUGGCGUUAAUUUUUGUUUUUAAUGUCUAAAGC